AUGUCCGAGCUCGAAGAAGAGGUUUUACUCGAUUUAGAAUUCAAAGUUGAUGAGCACAGCUCCACAACUAGUGACAGUGGUACUGGUAGUGAUAGUGACGAUGAUAAUGGUGGGGAUCUGGAGGGCGAGAGUGGCUCUUUAGAUCUCGUCACCGGCUGCUUGUGGUCACUGUCUAUGACGGCAGCCCCUCGUGCUAUCGCCCUCGAUCUGGUGAACGGGAAGAUCUACUGGACGAUGUAUAAUGAUCAGGCUAUCGCAUAUGCCAAUCUCGACGGUAGCUCGGUACAGAAAAUAUUUGUUUAUGAGAAAUUUCUACAACCUACUGCAAUCUUGGUGGACCCCGUCAAAGGGUAUCUUGUCUGGUCAACACGCUUUGUCCAGGAAGUUGUCAAGGCAACACUAGGCGCUACUAACCAUCAGGUUGUAGGAAGCUUCCAUGCAGGAGGGAUGGUCACUGAGGAAUGUGCUGAUAACACCACCCGCUUGUUUUACUACAAGAAUGCCGAUUCAUUGGGCGUCACAAAUUUAGACGGGAGUGGGGAUAGAACCAUCCAUGUACAUUCCAACUAUUGGCCGGCUAUUUCUCUCAGCAAGUAUGGCAGCAAGCUGUUCUGGACAUCCUGGGAAUAUUCUGAUGGUUUUGCUACCGGCAAGUACUUGAGCUUCGAGUAUGAUAUGAAGUUAUCCACGCGCACGGUUCCCAGCAGGACGGUGACAUUGACGGAUGGCAGCAACCUUGACAUCAAUCCUAGCACGAUUCGGAUUAUAUCAAACAAUUCGACGAUUGAUAUUAAAGCCAUGUUUUUUUUAACAGCUACAUAUAAUGAACCGGUUGCCAUCCAGGGUUGCCCUGACAACAUCGUUGUCAACAUCGAUGACAACGCUUCGAAUGAGCCAUCGAUCUCAUGGACCGAGCCCGUACUCAACAGUUGGUCCAGCUGUCCCAGAAUGGACUUUCUAGGAACAGGAACUAAUGGAGCUCGGCUUGAUUUGUGUUUCUUUGACAAUGAUCCACCGAUAGUGACAUGUCAAAAUGUAACGGCUAACUCAACUUUCCCAAACUCCUUGCUUGAACUGAUUGAGGAUUUCGAUUACACCUACAUGGAUGAAAACCCUUACAAUAAGACAAAUGGAACUAGGAUCCGGUUCAACUUCAAUAUUGGUCCAGAUGGAGACCUGCUCCCUCCAGGACACAUACCUGUUGAGUUGAUCGCACAGGAUAAUUGUGGUGAAGAAGCUACUUGCCUCUUCUAUGUAGAGAACACACUCACCGAGUUGCCAGUCAACUGCCCGGACUUGAAUCGCACAAUAAGCACUGAUCCAGACCAAGCGACGUAUACUUUUAACCCAGAUUUCGGAGCAGAUAACGUCACCAAAUCUGUAGACGGUUACAGAUAUCACGGAGGUGGUGUCUCGGUAAAUCUUACUUUAGGAGGAUCCCCAGUUGGGAGCAGUGUGUCCAUAGGAACCCAUGACGUGAUUGCACUCAUCUACGAUGGCGAGUUGAGUAAGACAUGCACGGGCAUCUAUAUCGUCAAAGACACAGAUCCUCCUAUCUUGACAUGUUCCAAUGUUACUCUCGACUUGGAUCUCGAUUCACCAAACACCUUUUCUGGAUUGACGAAUGGUACAACCUAUACUUACACAGAUGCAAGUGCUGACCCGAAUGGGGUUACUUAUAACGUCUCAGAAGAUGACCUGUUUCCUCCAGGAUACACACCAGUAACACUGUUGGCAGUCGAUGCAUAUAACAACUCAGAUUCCUGCUUAUUCUACGUACAGAACACACUUACCGAGUUACCCGUGGACUGCCCGAACUUGAAUCGCACAAUUAGCACUGAUCCAGACCAAGCGACGUAUACUUUUAACCCAGAUUUCGGAGCAGAUAACGUCACCAAAUCUGUAGAUGGUUACAGAUAUCACGGAGGUGGUGUCUCGGUAAAUCUUACUUUAGGAGGAUCCCCAGUUGGGAGCAGUGUGUCCAUAGGAACCCAUGACGUGAUUGCACUCAUCUACGAUGGCGAGUUGAGUAAGACAUGCACGGGCAUCUAUAUUGUCAAAGACACAGAUCCUCCUAUCUUGACAUGUUCCAAUGUUACUCUCGACUUGGAUCUCGAUUCACCAAACACCUUUUCUGGAUUGACGAAUGGUACAACCUAUACUUACACGGAUGCAAGUGCUGACCCGAAUGGGGUUACUUAUAACGUCUCAGAAGAUGACCUGUUUCCUCCAGGAUACACACCAGUAACACUGUUGGCAGUCGAUGCAUAUAACAACUCAGAUUCCUGCUUAUUCUACGUACAGAACACACUUACCGAGUUACCCGUGGACUGCCCGAACUUGAAUCGCACAAUUAGCACUGAUCCAGACCAAGCGACGUAUACUUUUAACCCAGAUUUCGGAGCAGAUGACGUCACCAAAUCUGUAGAUGGUUACAGAUAUCACGGAGGUGGUGUCUCGGUAAAUCUUACUUUAGGAGGAUCCCCAGUUGGGAGCAGUGUGUCCAUAGGAACCCAUGACGUGAUUGCACUCAUCUACGAUGGCGAGUUGAGUAAGACAUGCACGGGCAUCUAUAUUGUCAAAGACACAGAUCCUCCUAUCUUGACAUGUUCCAAUGUUACUCUCGACUUGGAUCUCGAUUCACCAAACACCUUUUCUGGAUUGACGAAUGGUACAACCUAUACUUACACGGAUGCAAGUGCUGACCCGAAUGGGGUUACUUAUAACGUCUCAGAAGAUGACCUGUUUCCUCCAGGAUACACACCAGUAACACUGUUGGCAGUCGAUGCAUAUAACAACUCAGAUUCCUGCUUAUUCUACGUACAGAACACACUUACCGAGUUACCCGUGGACUGCCCGAACUUGAAUCGCACAAUAAGCACUGAUCCAGACCAAGCGACGUAUACUUUUAACCCAGAUUUCGGAGCAGAUAAUGUCACCAAAUCUGUAGAUGGUUACAGAUAUCACGGAGGUGAUGUCUCGGUAAAUCUUACUUUAGGAGGAUCCCCAGUUGGGAGCAGUGUGUCCAUAGGAACCCAUGACACGAUAGCACUCAUCUAUGAUGACGAAUUGACUAAGACAUGCAUGGGCAUUUAUAUCGUCAAAGACACAGAUCCUCCUAUCCUGACAUGUUCCAAUGUAGCUCUCCAUCUCGAUACACCAAACACCUUUUCUGGAUUGACGAAUGGUACAACCUAUACUUACCAAGAUGCAAGUGCUGCCCCGAAUGGGGUAACUUAUAACGUCUCAGAAGAUGACCUGUUUCCUCCAGGAUACACACCAGUAACCCUGUUGGCAGUCGAUGCAUUUAACAACUCAGAUUCCUGCUUAUUCUACUUACAGAACACACUUACCGAGUUGCCCGUUAACUGCUCGGACUUUGAUCGCACAAUAGGCACUGAUCCAGGACAAGCGACGUAUACUUUUAGCCCAGAUUUCGGAGCAGAUGACGUAACCAAAUCUGUAGAUGGUUACAGAUAUCACGGAGGUGAUGUCUCGGUAAAUAUUACUCUAGGAGGUUCCCCGGUUGGCAGCGGUGUGUCCAUAGGGACACACGACGUGAUUGCACUUAUCUAUGAUGACGAAUUGAGUAAGACAUGCACAGGAACAUACCAUGUUCAAGGCUCAAGGAGAAGUUACAUCCUGACACAGUUACACUCCGAGCCGUGCCAAGGGAUGAUAGCAGGAUGUAACGUCCCCGAGAGCUAA